AUGUUGAUAUCUGCGGGCAGCGGCCCUACGCCUGAGUUUUCGCCUGCUUCGUGCUGCGCCCCCUGGAAAAUGGAGCCGGCGCCCCCAGUGCCCGCGGCCAUCACACAAUCGCUUAAUAUAUCACCGAACGUUCCAGUAUCGCCAGCAUCGUCUGGCGGUGGAGGCGCUGGCGGCGGCUCGGGGACACCAUUAUAUCCUGGCGCUGCCUCUCAUCCGCUUUCAUCGCUACUGUCGCAACAAAGAUUAUUGGAGUUAUCCCGAUUCGGACUGAGGCACUACGACAUUGCACACCACGUGCUAUCCCAGCAAGGUGCUGUUACCAAAUUACUCGGUACAUUACGACCACCUGGACUUAUUGGUGGUAGCAAACCGAAAGUUGCCACUCCUGCAGUAGUAUCAAAGAUAGAGCAAUACAAGAGAGAAAAUCCAACAAUCUUCGCUUGGGAAAUUCGAGAGCGACUAAUAUCUGAAGGUGUAUGUACAAAUGCAACUGCACCCAGCGUAUCAUCCAUCAACAGAAUACUCAGAAACAGAGCCGCGGAACGAGCUGCAGCAGAAUUUGCGAGGGCCGCAGGUUACGGGCUUUACGCGGCACCACCUCCUUAUGGUGGAUUUCCUUGGGGCGGAGGUGGUGGAGUGUGGCCGCCUGGAGGUCUACCAUUACCUCCGGGUGUACCGCCUCAAGCUGUAGGAAUGCAACAUUCUGAUGCUAUCCAACAAGGAUUUCUAUCUUCGUCUGGGCGUGGUCUAGUGGAAAUUGAUGGUGACGAUUCUGGGUCACUAGAUGGAGAGCAACCGAAAUUCCGAAGGAACCGUACCACGUUCAGCCCAGAUCAACUAGAAGAACUUGAGAAGGAAUUCGAAAAAUCUCACUACCCGUGUGUCUCGACCAGAGAACGAUUAGCUUCAAAAACAUCUCUAUCGGAAGCCCGUGUACAGGUUUGGUUUUCCAACAGACGAGCCAAGUGGAGACGCCACCAGCGCAUGAACCUUCUCAAGCGCGGUGGCGGCUCGCCCUCGCACCGCCUUCCUCAUUCCCCCUCCCGAUCCCGUUCACGUUCCUUGUCCCCUGCACGAGGUUCUUAUCACACUCCUCAAAUGGGUGGCGAAAAUAGCGCUUUUAAAGCUUUAUCGCAUCAAGAUACAAAUGCUUUGAAAGCUUUAUCUCAUCAAGCGCAAUUAGAAAGCAACGCACUGAAAGCAUUGUCGCAAACACCCUUUGAAGUCAGUACAUUUAAGCCCCAUCCCGCGUUAGAGAACAGCGCAUUCAAGGCGCUCGUACCACAUUCAGCCGCUGCAGCGCUUCUUGCUGCUCAAUCCAUUCAACUGGCUCGAGGCUACGAAUCACAAUCUGAUUCCGACGAAGAGAUAAAUGUUCACGAUGAGAGCGAAGACGAUGGCGACAGGCAGAAAAAUAAGACCAGGUCUAGAUCUCCGAGCCCAUGUCGACAAAGAGCAUUGACCUCAAGUGAUUUGCCUUUACAACUAACUAAACACGAUCGUUGA